AACCAACACAACUAUUACAAACCAACACACCUAUUAACAAUAGAAACUACCCAUAACUGCCUUUUAGAAACUGCCCUAUUGUUUUUUAUUUAAAUUAAUUAAAUAUGUAAAACACACUAAACGACACCACACUAAUUGACUCUAUACUAACUGACCCAAACAUCGACUCAUUACCCAUUCGGUUAUAUGUGAACAAACCCGAUUAAAUCUAACAUUUUCUGUGUUUUUUUUUGUAGAUUUUAGCCAAAAGGGUAUCUUUAUUUGACUACGAGCGUUUUGAUGGAGGGCAGAAAAAUCGAAUAAUUGCAUUUGGAAAAUUUGCUGGUUUAGCGGCAAUGAUUGAUAUUUUGAGUGGAUUAGGAAAACGAUACUUGAAUCUUGGAUAUUCAACACCAUUUCUUUCCCUUGGGUCGGCAUAUAUGUACACAAGUGUUGCUUCUGCCAAGAGCGCUGUGAUUUCCGUUGCAGAGGAGAUAGCAACUCAUGGUCUUCCUUCAGGAAUCUGUCCCAUUGUCUUUGCUUUCACUGGUGCAGGAAAUGCUUCUGUUGCUGCACAAGAUAUCUUUAAGCUUCUUCCUCAUAGAAUGGUUGAGCCAAACAAGCUUCUGGAUUUAUUUGAGAAGUCUCAGGGAAUCACAAGGCCUAAAGCUUCUUUAAACAGAGUAUUUCAAGUAUGUGGUUGCAUCAUAACUAGCAAAGACAUGGUUGUGCAUAAAGAUGCUACUAAAGCCUAUGACAAGGGUGACUACUACGCACAUCCUGAAAAUUACAAUCCUAUUUUUCAUGAGAAGAUAGCUCCUUAUGUAUCUGUAAUUGGUACAGAAAUAUUGUGGACACGAUGUAAUUAUUAAACAUCACUUUAAAAUACUCUACAUCAAUGUUUUUUUCCCAAGAAUUCAUUUUGUGACGCAUCAUGGGCUAUUCUCUCUUAAAGAAAUAUUCCGUAUGUUCUUCAAACAUUUUCCACGAUUAUUGAGCACCUUGCAACUUCAAGAUCUGGCAAGAAAGGGAUUUCCGCUUGUUGCUAUAAGUGAUCUGACUUGCGACAUCAGAGGCUCCAUCGAGAUUGUCAACCAGACCACAUCAUUUGACUCCCCCUUCUUCAGGUGUUUGUCUGAUCUGAUUUGAUAUUAGUGUUAACAGUUUUCUAGCUGAUUUUUUCCAGGUGUAACCUCUGCAGUAAUUCUUUCUUGGUUGUUGGUUAAUGGUCGCGGGUUUCAGAUACGAUCCAUUGAAUGAUUCAUACCAUCAUGACAUAGAAGGAAAUGGAGUUAUAUGCUCAGUUGUUGACAAUUUUCCAACGGAGUUGGCAAAAGAGGGAAGGGGAGAUAAUCGAUUGUCCUGAGUGGAUAAUCGAUUGUUAAGGGCUUCAGGUUCUUGGGCAGUUUUCUGGGGGGGGGGGGAUAAUCGAUUUACAGUAGCAAUAAUCGAUUAUUUGACAGUUUUCUGGGCAGGAAGAAGGGUGUUUUUGUGGGGAAUGGACUGGAAAUAUAUGGAGUUGAUGAGGGAGUUCUUUUGGGUAUUUUAAUGGAAGAAAAGAGUGAGAUUAAGAGGAGAAAUGGGGAGAGGGGACAAACAAAGAUGGGUGAUGGAUGGUGUAUUGGCCUUAUAUUCUUGGUCAUAUGAGGUGACUGAUUUAGUAGGUGGUGUAUCAACAACAACUCAAAUGUCCCUUGGCUUUUUGUGGUUGUUUAUUCAGCCCUAGUAGGGAACAUAAAGGGGACAAGAAUGGGGAAUAUCUUGGUUGAUGUUGUGUUGGGAUAAUGAGGGAUAUUUGGCCUGGGAUUUAUAGAAAAGGAUAGAAGGUUUUAUUUGUUUAUUAAAAGGUUUAAAAGAAAGAAAAUAACAAACAAAGGUUGUGGUUUACACACUCUUAUUUUCGGCAAGGGCCUAAAAUAGGAGUAGGAAAACUUUAUUUUGAAAAGGAAAUAUUUUGGAUGUUUAGGGAAGGUAUGGAGAGUGUGGGCUCAGCCUAGGGUGGGUGUAGGACAACCAUGGUGUUGGGUUGGGUUCUAAGACAGGAAAAUGGAGAAGUUUCAACCCAAUUAAUGUCACCACACUUG